AUGAGAGAGGCUGAUCAGUUUCCUGAUAUUCCGUGGGACGAUAUUGACGCUAUAUUCAAAACCCGGCUUGAUAAGCAAACGUACGAUAUACAUUGGAUCGCCGAUGCCCUCCGGCCUGAUACAACAGGCCCAAAUUCGAAACUGCCACCUAGCGUCUUUGCGCGCGUACAAGAGUAUUUGCGGAAACAGCUGAAAAACGACAACGAAUAUCACCGUGCCAUUUCCGAAUUCACACACUUCCGAAUGCGUACAGGUGGCCCAGACGGCUUAUUUAAUAAGCACAGCGCUGUAUACGACGAUGGCUUCAAGCCAGCAAUGGCGUGGCAGUGCCUCCUCAACCAGGGCUCGAUGCUGGCUAGAGUAGCUGUGAAGGUAAUGAACACGCUUGCGAACUCUGUACCCUCAGAACGAAGUUUCUCUGCUAUUAGUUUCAUACAUACGAAAGCUCGGAAUCGGCUUACGCCCAUGCACGCUGAUAUGCAGGCCUUCAUUUUUAUGAACGACCGCGUAUUAGAUCGCCUUAAGGAUCAGAAGUACGCCCAUAAAAAGCGCUGGGCGGAUCUUGAGGAGAAGGACUGGCUAGAACUCGAAGAUUCAUAUCUCGAGUUAUUUGUGAAUGCGCAGGGCAAGAAGGUCUGGAUGGAUGACGUAAUGGCCUCUACCAAUGGAGAUUUUGAGUGGGAGGGUGUAUUACAGUCGACGGGUGAUAUAUUGAGGGUUGGCACUGAGGUGGAAUCUGAGGUGGAAUCAGAGGUUUGA